AUGACGUGUGUGGGCUUGCAUGCCUCCUCUUCGUCUAUGUUCCCGCCCACUCCCGGGACUCCGGGUUGUUGGCGUCGACCCCUCCAGCCGAGCGAGUUCUCGACCUCGACCGCCGGCAUUCACACCAAAUGGAUCGCCGCGCUCGCACCGCCAACGAGAGUCAAGCGAAACCGUAAGAUAUCAGCUAUGAUUCCCGACCCAUCGUCAUGGUGGUCGAAUAUAAAGGAUUAUGGCGCACGGCUACCCCUGCUCAUCAGGUUUGCCCGAGAUCUCGCUCGAUCGGAUCGCAAUAUUUUCGCCUCGAUCGUAGCCCUUAAUCUCGCUCAAGCCGCGCUCCCUGCCGCCGAGCUGUACCUAUCAAGACGGAUGAUUGAAUUGGCGUAUUCCGUGGGGAUAGGCAUCCCCCUGAACUGGAGAACAUUCGGCCUCGCCUUUCUCGGCAGCUUGACGACUACGAUCGCGUCCCUCCUCAUUGACCGAUGGAGCACUUUUUACGAGCAGCGUCUUCACUCGGUCUUCUCGCUUAGAGUCCAACAAUCCAUAUUAAGACUCAACUUAUCAUUGACGGACGACGAGCUGGCCCUGCCGUCCACGCAGCGUCAACUUCAACUCCUAAGGGAGCUCGGAGGCUCCGACAUUUAUCGACGAAUAUUCGACCCAUUGGGCUUCCUCUCGGUCGCCAACGCGAUUCUCUCGCUCGUCUUCAGUGGUGGGAUGCUCUAUUCUCAGCUCAACUCGAGGAAUACAUUCUACCUCGGUGUGUCGACGACGUUCAUGGUCAUCGAGGAAUGGGACCGCUGGUUCGGCCAGGCCACACCAACGAUCGAGCACUACGAUAUCUCGAACGACGCGUACCUCCGCUUCCAGGCCCUCUUCAAGAUGGGGACGUCGAGAUCGUUAAGAAACGAGAUUCGAAUGCUCGGACUCGAAUCGUAUCUCUCCGAUCAGGCCGCUACGUCGCUCCGAGAACUCGGAUCGACCUCGACCGUGAUACCGUCGACAAACUCUUCACUGCGAUGGACAUCGAUCAUUACCCGCCUUUCGCGGCCGCUUUCGAUGGGCAUCUUCAUCAUUCAUACAGCGUUGUACAACGAUGCUCAGUUGCUGAAGAAUGGCACGACGGCGCUCACUUCGUUUGCGGAAAUGUCGAUCCUCGAAUCGGCCGUUUGGGACCUCCGGAUUCGAUGCAGUCGACUCUCGAGCGAUUUGAAGGAUCUCAAGUCUGGCGCCGAUCGAAUUCAAGCAUGGUAUGCAACUGAGGAUGAGGAUUUUGCGGUCAAGAGGAAGAAAGUGGCCAGGCGGUACGAGUCUGUUGUUGCAGAAGGCCGGAGAGGUAUGAAGAUUGACUUUCAGGAGGUUGGGUUGAGGUAUCAGCGGUCCACCAACAGGGCGUUGGACCAUGUCAGCUUUGCUGUAGAAGCGGGAGAGCUCGUGUAAGUCCCAAAACGAAUGGCGUCGAGGAACCCUCAGCUGAACGGUCAUGUUCACACAAUUUGGUAGGGCUGUCGUCGGGCACAACGGAUCGGGCAAGACGAGCCUUGUCUCCCUUCUGACCCGGUACGUCACCGACCAAGCCAGGGUUUUUUCGGAUACGUUCUGACGUCGAAUUUUGCAUCUUGUUUUCUCAGGUCUGAACGAUCGACCUUUGGCCGUAUACUCAUCAACGGUCAUGACGUGCAUGAGUAUGCUCCGAAGGAUUUGGCAUCCGUUUCGACCUUUACGACGCAGAACUCUCGUGAGUCGCGCCAGAGUCAGUGAUUACUCUGCACCUAUACACUGGGCUGACGAAAUGGCUUCUCGAUUUUCAGCUGUCCUUCCCAUGACCAUUCGAGAAUAUGUCUCGCUCGGAUCGGUCGCUCACGCUCAUCAACCAGAACAGAUCAAGCGAGCACUCCAAGCUUCGACUGCGGAUCAAACCGUCGACUCGCUCACUGAUGGAUGGGAAUCAUACGCCAGUGGAAUGAUGGGCUCUUCCCUUUCGACGUCGGAUUGGAAACUUGCUGCGAUUGUCCAACGACCGCUCCCGCCACCUACUUUCGAGCUCUUGGACCCGGCCGAGGAGAAAGCUACGGAGUUGAGCCUCGAUGGUGCCGAGGAGGUGACGAGCUGCGCAAUGCUGUCGAGUGGGACCACGAUGGUCGAUUCUUUGGGGUCCUUUAAGGAGGAUACCAAAAAGACUGUUCGUGUAGGAACGACGGCGUAUCCGAUUAUGGUGGAGGGAGAGGAAGCGACGGUGCAUUUCCCGAACCAUUCGCCCGAAGCGUGUGUUCUAUCGGGCGGUCAGGUUAGUUCGGAAGAACGCACAUCAUUGUUCAAUGAGAGAGGUUCUGACUACACAAUUCUAACUCGGGUUUUGCAGUGGCAGCGCAUCACUUUAGCUCGGUCGUUGAUGAACCCAUGCCCCGAUCUACUCGUGUGGGACGAACCCACGGCCGCACUGGAUCCUCAUGCGGAAGCGCGUUUAUAUGACGAGAUGCUUUCCAAGAAGGGUAAAGUGAGUCUUGAACCUCAAAAGCAUGGCAAAUGCAGGACCCUAAUCAUAUACUAACAUCCCUCCGAUAUGUCCCGAAACUCCCUGGCAGUCCACCAUCAUCUUCACGACCCACCGUCUCAACAUUUGCACCAAAGUCGAUCGAGUCCUCGUUUUCGAGGGCGGGCGAUUGGUCGAACAAGGGAGUCAUGCAGAGUUGAUGAAACUCGAUCCGAUGAAGGGGAGGUCUCGGCGGUUAUGGGAUGCGCAUUUGUGAAGCGCUCGAUUUAGAUCACGAAUGCAGGGGUGAAAUCUAGGAGAUUUACUGUUCCACAUUCAUCUGGAGGAAUAGCUUUUCCAAAGUGAAAUCCCAAUGCUGUCCCUCCCCUCGACUCAAGUUUUAAGUUUAAGUCAUAAAUUCCAGCAAGUCUUGUUCAAAGACAGAAUCUAACAAACGCUAGAUCCGCUGGACCACCAUAACAUGUGCCAUAUAUCAUACACCCAUAUUGUAUACGGGCCAUUACCUCGCUGGGAUUAGGACUGAUGUCCCCAUUUCUCAGGGCUUACAUCAGUUUCCCUCCUCCUCCUCAGCACCCGGCUCCUGAGGGUAGAUGGGGCAAGUUUGCCACCAUCGCCUCCACCAGUGAGGUAUGCUACUCCAUAUUCUUUUGGAAUGUCCACCACUUUCGCAUGCGGUCGCCCCAUAUUCGCCCAGCCCCUUUAAUGAGCUCAUGA